GAUUUCCUAGCCAACGAAUGUAUUAACUGGGCCCCGUCUGUUCAUAACACAAGUUGACGAUGCGCAUGAAGAGCCGGGAACCAGCUUAACACGUGUGCGACGGACAUUGACAGAAUAUAUGGAGGUCAUCUGUCUUCACAGAAGAACUAAAGGUGCCGGUUACUCUCCAGUGUUACUCAGGUGUCUGUAUCAGCAGCAGCCAUGCAGACGACGGAGCCCAACAUCACAAGAGAAAUAAUCAGAUGUGCGAACUUCUCAGCCAUCAAACACAAAGAUCAGCGGCGGAAAGACCCCGAGUCAACUCCCUACAUCAACCACCCAAUAGGUGUGGCGUAUAUAUUGACAGAGGAAGCCGGAAUCACAGACCUCAGUGUCAUCCAGACGGCUCUGCUGCACGAUACAGUGGAAGACACAAGCACGACCUUUGAUGAAAUCGAGGCUGAAUUUGGAAAGGAGGUUCGAGAUCUAGUCGCCGAGUUGUCUGAUGACAAGACGCUGAUGAAAGAAGAUAGGAAACGUCUUCAAAUAGAACACGCGCCCCACGCAAGCCCCAAGGCCAAACUAGUGAAGCUAGCGGACAAGCUGUAUAACUUACGUGACCUCCAGCGUACCACACCCCGUGGAUGGUCGCAGAAGCGGUUGGAAGACUACUUCAUCUGGGCAGCUCGAGUUGUUGCGGGACUCCGUGGAACAAAUAGAACGAUGGAAGACGCUCUGGACAAUAUCUUCAAAGAGAGGAAUGUUGUCAUAUCAUAGCAGUAGCCAGGUUGGCGAAGCGUCCACAGUUGUCUCCCUUCGGUAUAUAAGGAUCAUGUGAUCAUGGCUUGUCGCCACCUUACAAUGCUCUUUGAUUUCAUCUAAGACCUGCAUAACUGGGUAUCCUUCCACUCCUUUCUUUCCUGGGACUCCCUGUGAUUUGACAGAAAUAACGUAUAAAGUGGUGUUAAACUCCACCAGCCCUCCACCUAUUCAUAUAUGAAGUUAUGAAAACAUUGUAAUUCUUGGUAUAUCGGAAAUGGGUUUGCAUUUAAAGGGAGAUGAUAUUGUUUGAUUAGCAGGCAGAGUUAUGUCCCUUGUAUAUGUCCUGGCAUCAGAAUAAUGUGAGAAUUUGAGAUGUUUAUUACAUUUAUUAUUAUGAAUUGGCUGUCAGUAAUACGGCCAAUUCGGCCAACAUCAUAUGGAAGCACGAGAGGGCCAAUACAGGCCAAUGUGGCUUUUUGCAUAAUUUCAUUCCUGAUAUAGCAAUCACGACAAGACUGUGAUCACACUUCAGUUAGAUCGUGAAUCCUGUUUUUAUGUAUGUUUUUUCUUGAUUUCCUUGACUUGUAUAAUGUAAUGUAAUGUCUGUAAAUAAUCAAGUCUGGACAUGACAAUCCAGUGAUUGACAUCGUAUCCCAAUCACGUAGAUCGAUGCCUAUGAUGUCAAUCACUGGAUUGUCUGGCCCAGAUUCGAUUAUUUACAGACUGCCAUCAUUUAGCUGGAAUAUUGCUGAGUGCGGCGUUAAACAACAAAGAAACAAAUAAACAUAGAUCAUACUCAUAAUGAAAUGUCAUGUUGUAAUCACUGAUUGAAUGAGUAAUGAGAUAUAUUCACAUUUGUAUCAUUUCUGAUGUCUGUGAUAUUGCUUAAA